AUGAGCUUCUCUUUCUUUCAACACGCAAAUUUUGAGACCCAAUUAUCCGAAUUGCCUCAAAGUUUGUUGGUAUCAAAUUUCUCAUGGGAUGAGCUUCCUUAUAACCAAGAUUCACUUUCAUUUGACAUUCUUGAUCUCAUUGCUGACUCCGGAAAUAGACACCCUUUCGACAAUAUUACAGCCCAAGAAAUAGUAAGAGAAACAUCAACAUCAUUAUCAGCAUCAUUGUCGUCGUCGUCAUUGUCGUUGUUGUCAUCGGAAACAAUUUCCUCUGAAGAUCAAAAGAAGAAACAAAUGACUGCAAAUGCAAAAGGCAAAAAGCAUGCUAAUAAGAAGGAGAAAUCAUACAUAGGGGUUCGAAGGCGGCCUUGGGGAAAGUAUGCGGCGGAGAUAAGAGAUUCAACGAGGCAUGGCACCCGGGUGUGGCUUGGAACAUUUGAUAGUGCUGAGGCUGCUGCUCUAGCCUAUGAUCAAGCUGCAUUGUUGAUGAGAGGUCCGACGGCUGUGCUAAACUUUCCUGUUCAAAGGGUCCGAGACUCACUAUUGGAGAUGAAGUAUAGCUGUAGCAUUGGAAGUUCUCCAGCGGUUGUACUAAAGGAGAAGCAUUACAUGCAAAGAAAAUCAUCAAAAUGUCGGAACAAUAACAAAGGCAAAAAUAUUAAAGGACGUAAGCAAAUUUCCGACACAACAAAUAUGGUGGUUUUGGAGGACCUGGGAGCUGAAUUACUGGAGGAACUUUUAGCUUCAUGUACUUAA